GAAGAACCAAGAAAUGAGAUGAAGUGAUAAGAAAGAAGGAAAACUGUGUGUUAAGUAUUCUGGAAAAUGUUCUGAGAAAGAGGCUAUGGUCAACUGUGUCAAAUGCUGCUAUUAUGUCAACGGCACAGACCAACCAUUGGAUUGAACAACAAGGAUGUCACAGUGAGGGUGGUCCAUCAAAUUUCUCACAGCACCAAGGAUUCAAGCAAUGGGGUAAUGGAGAUGCUGGACAUUGAUUUUCUCACCAGUGAAAAUUAAUGAAGACUCAGGAGUUACUACAACAACAGUGAUGAGAAGGAAGUUUCGGCAGCUAGAGUGUGUUGAUGACUGUUUAGAGACUCAAAGAGUUUGCUCUUCCACCAAGAUUACUGGUAGAACUCCAAUUAACAUUUCCAACCUUGAGACUUGCAUUCCCCUUGUUAUGCUACAUGUUACAGAGUGAUAGGCAAGUUUACCAGUCUUGAUUUUAACACAUAAAGAAGCUGAAAUUUUGAGAAGCACUAUUUCCUCAAGAGAGAGAGAGAAAAAUAACUCUAGGAAAUGAAAGAGAAGACAGAGGAGAAUAUCAAAUGGUGAUAAUUUUUUCAACCUCAUCUACACUUCAAUUUUGAGACACUUUGUAAUAUUUGGGAAUUAACAGAGAAGAAACAAGAUAGAAGUUAGAAACUACUUCUAUGGAAUCCAGAUAAAAGACUCAGUUACUAAAAUAUCCCACAAGCCAACUGUUUUCAAAUAGACCUCCACCACUAGCACAAGAUGGUGCCAUUGGCAUAUUAUGAUCAAAAAUUUGUGCCAUUAGAACACUCUUACCAACUGGCCACAACCAAUUCAUUGACAUGUCAAUACACAGGUGAAAAACUAAAUCAACCCAAUAAUCAGCCUGUAGUCAAAGUGCAAUCCCACAGUAAUCUCCUUGCAGUACCUCCAGUUAACUCUAAAAAGAUGGUACAGAGCUGCUCAGUAUUGCCCUUUGCCAAGACUCAGGACACAAUUUUACAGGACUUCUGUAACAACUCUCCAGAAGCACCAUUAUCCCAAUCCAAAUGUCAGGCCACACCUUCACUGGACCAAAAAUCUUUACUGCGACCUAAUCUGAGAGCCCUGAGCUCAUCUUUGAUCCACCCUAAAUCCCUGACAACAGCUUCACUUGACCUUAAUAAGACAUCUCCAUCACUGGAGUUCAGUCAAACAAACUUGAGCUCACGAUUACCCCUCCCCAAACCUCAGACCACAUCUUCCCGAGACAUUUGCUGGACAUUAGUUACACAGAAGUCUAAUCAAAGAGUCUCAAGUUCAUUAUUAUUUCCACCCAAACAUCAAGAAACACCUUUCCUUUGGAAAUCAUCUUCUUUGAGACCUAAUCAAAGAGUACUUAGCACAGCAUUACCACAGUCCAAGCCUCAAAAAACAUCUUCAUUGGAUGGCCUUUGGACAUCUUUAUUAGUGUGCAGUCAAACACCUUUGAGCUCACCACCACUCAACUCUACAUCUCAAAUACAUGACUUGCUUCAGUCAUCAUGUUCAUUGGAGUCCAAUAAAAAUAGUUCUGAGCUGUUACCUGACUCCAGACCUCAGACAAUAGCUGUAUUGAGCUCUAAUUCCAGUGUUCUGAGGUUACCAAUGUCCCACUCAAAACCAAGGAAAUCACCUUUAGCACAUUCCGUCCACCAGACUAAGAGUUUGCUAUUAUUCUCACCUAAAUCUCAGACGGUGCUUACACUUAAUCAGGACUUCGGGACCCUGGGCUCACCAGUUUGUCACUCCAAGUUUCAGAACACCUCUUUACCAAAUGACAAACACAGAGCCCCAGAUUUACCGUCACCCCAGUCUAAACCAAAUGUCUCAGGUCAAUCGUUAUCAAGCUCUAAACACUUUAUCAGGAACAUAGCCGCUUCAACACUGGGCUCCAGAUUCCAGAGUAAAGGCGGCUUUGAUCUUUGUGAAAGGACAGCAUCAAAUAAAGAGGUUUCAUGGAGUUUAGAUUAUAUUCAUCCCUGCAUUGUUAAAGGUGGAACUGUCCCUGAUGAUGUCGUAAAUAAAAUUGUCAAUUCUCUCUCCAAGACCAGAAUCCAGAGGGAUCUCUGUAGGCAGAUUCUCUUUCGAAGGAUGAGGGGAGGGCCAAAUCCUCAUCCUGGCCCCCGCCUUUCAUCAAAUUACAUGGUAUGUUUAACUUGUGCUUCCUGCAUAAAGUCUCAGUGUAACCAUCUUACAGGAAGGAAAGACCCUCGUGGCGCAACUCUAUUUGUCAUACCAACACCUGAGCUCAGCUCUGAGGGGGAGAUAGAAGUGAAAUUGGUUUUGCUCCUUUCCAUACCCAAGACUUUUCUCUCAUCUGGUCUUCGAUCCUCUGUGAAAGAAAAUCAGCCUGAUGAAGUCCCUGAAGACAACAUUGAAGGAAUGGAGAAAAUGCAAAUUCUCUCCUCAUCUGAACCUGAUAUCACCCAAGAGCUACAUAGCAAAAACAAACAGCUGACAGCAGCCCCUGGGGACAAAGUUUUAAGCCAACAACCCCAGGCUACUGACUGGCUACUUUAUAUUAAGAAAAGUAAUAAUUUUGAGCCACAGUCCCUGCCUAUAUCAUCUUCAUUCUCUACAUCCUCCUCCUCCUCUUCAUCAUGUUCUUCCUCCUCUUCCUCUUCAACUGUGCCCUCUUUACCUCCUCCUCCCAAAGAGUCUACCACAUCUACUCCUUCAGAUUGUGUGUUCACUAAGGUACUUACUUACCACCGGUUGCCUCCAGGGGUCUCCUGGCUUGAAUUUAUACUUAGUAAAAAUCAUCAGCCACUUACUGGACAACCCCAACAAAACAAAUCACCAUCUCCCAAAACAAAGCCUAUGAGGAAUAGCACCACAGUAAAAGGGCCAAAGGUACCAAAGAUACUGUUCAAAAUUUUCCAGACAAGGUCUCAAAAAUGAGAGAAAUAUUGAUUAAAUUAACUUUUGUUUCUUUGAAAGCAAUUGACCUCUUAGUUCUUUGAAACUAGAGUUUGAUUUCCUAUCAUGCUUAUUAAAAUUCUUAGUAAUAACUAAGUGUGAGUGUAUAUUUUACCCGAUGAAGCACCUAGUUAAGGGGAACUAAUUCUCUUAAGUCUAUUUUCUAGUUAAAUAAUAGACUAUGAUUUCCUAGAAGGCAAAACUGAAUCCCAGGUUUUUAACCAAAGGCCUGGCUUAUAGUAGCCACUAUAUAAUCAUUGUUUACAUGGAUUAAUCAUAAUUGGCCAUAGCCUAGAAAUACCUCAUCUAUCUUGCCCUGAACAGUAUCCAUCACACUGUUAUUCUCCUUCCUCAUAGAAUAUGCCAGUACAGUAUCCUUAAGCCAAUUCAUGCUCAUCUGUUUUCCUAUCUCUAAAGAAAAUUUAGAUCAUGUUCAAUAGAUAAGAAUAGAGAGGAACCUUUGCUCUAGUUAUGUGCUCCUUGGGAAAAUUCUUCUAUGCUAAGAUCCCAAUACUCUGAAAUCCAACCAUCUAUUCAACCUUUGUUAACAAAUCUCAGGAGAGAAUAACUAACUGAUACAAAUAACUUUACCUAUUGUCUGUGCCAAUAUUUAAAUUAUAGGUUCCAAAGUCACCUGUUCAUCACUUCUAUCUAUACAUCCAAAAUGGGUGAAUAAAAAUGUUUUGAAAAUGG